AUGACAACAUCACCCACCAGGACCAAGCAGAAAUUGUCUUUACGGAAACGUCUAUUUGUGAAAAAAUCUCCAAAAGUUGGGUGCUAUGUAGAUACAGAUUCCAAUGAUGAAUUGAGCCAGUCAACUUCACGCCCUAUGUCUCCUGCUGAUCCUUUUUUAGCACAAAGCGCACAUAAUUCUGAAUCAAGUAUUGAUAACAUUCAAAAUCGUUUCAAUUCUAAUAGAGAACCUAUAAGUGAUGUCACAAACCAAGCUCACCAAAAUUACUAUGACGACGAAAGUAAUCCUAAAUGCUGCAAAACAUUCUUUAGAAGAUCUCGACCUAAAAGCUUAGUUGAAGGCCAUAGUUCUAAAGAAGACUCAAUCUCGAGACCUAGUAGUCCAAUAAAUAAUUCUAGUAAUAGCAUAAGUGAUCAGACUGUUUCUCAGACUAAGAGUGAAGAAAUUCCCAAAGUAACAGUAAAUUUUCCUAAAAGUGAGGAAACCAAAAAGUAUUUUGAGCAUUCAGGUUCCUUUGAAGGUAUAAAACCAAAGAGUAAGUUAUUUGUUAAAAGGCUGUCAGCUGAUCAUCUAAUAUCUAAUGAAUCAAAACCAUUGUACCAAUCAUCAUCACCUGAAAGUGACAGAAGCAGCUCCUUAGAUCGCAAAAGAAGGACUAAAUCAACAAUUACAAGAUCUGCUUCUCGGGCGGGCAGCACAGAUAGCUUGGCUCGCAAUACCCUGCUUGCUGCACAAGUGCUACGUCUUAUACCUACACAGGAAGCUCGACAAAGAAAUUACUUGUAUGGAAGAUUAGCAUCACAUUCAUUACUUGGGGCAGCGGAAUUGGAGCAUGUCUUUCCAGAUCGGGAAGUCAAAAUAUUUGUUGGUACAUGGAAUAUGAAUGGUCAAGCACCACCAAAAGAAUUAGCUGAUUUUAUUUUUCCAAACGAAGUUAAACACGUGCCAGAUAUCUUCGCUAUCGGCACCCAAGAGUCAUAUUCCGAGCGCACUGAGUGGGAAAUAACGAUACAAGAAGUGUUGGGACCAUCACAUUUAUUACUUCAUUCAUAUUAUUUAGGAACAAUUCAUUUGACUGUAUUCGUGAGGAGGGACCUCAUAUGGUUCUGCUCGCUACCAGAAGACGCGAGUUUGUCCGUCCGUCCCGGCACUGCGUUUAGGACGAAAGGGGCCGUGGCUAUAUCCUUUGCUUUGUUUGGUUCUACGUUCCUAUUUGUUACUGCUCACUUAACUGCCCAUCAAGAAAAGGUCAAGGAGCGGUUGUCAGAUAUAAAAAGGAUCAUAAGGUCGAUUGAUCUGCCCAAAAAUUUACCAUGUAGACAUAGGAGUAAAGAUGUCACAAACAAUUUCGAUUAUGUGUUUUGGUGUGGUGAUUUAAAUUUUAGACUCGGAGAACCGAGAGCCGCUGUUUUGAGGUGGAUCGAACAAACAAAAUUCCCCCUGCCGCCGAACUUGCCGCACGGCUUGUUGCACGCGGACCAGCUGACCGCCGUGCUGGAGGACGGCGCCGCCUUCCGCGACUUCCGGGAAGCCCCCAUCACCUUCCCGCCUACUUACAAGUACGACCCCGGCAGCCAGCAGUUCGACACGUCCAGCAAGCAGCGCGUGCCGGCCUACACCGACCGCAUCCUGUACAAAGCUAAAUCUAUGGCUACCAAUUCAUCUUCCGCGUUUUCCGGUCUCCGUCGUAUAAGCAGCGUGCCGGCGCCGUCCGGGCUCAAGUGUGUGGCAUACAACUCGGUGCAGUCGGUGGUGACGAGCGACCACAAGCCCGUGUGGGCGCUCUUCUCAGCCGCUCUCAGGCCUGGCACUGAUAUCGUUCCUCUAGCGGCCGGUUUGUUCAAUCGAGAAGUUUAUUUGGAAGGCAUCAAGCGUAGACGGGCGCUGCUCGACCACGCGCCCGGCACCUCCGCCAUUUGCAAUAUUCAG